AUGGGUCGAAUCUCUGGAGUCGAAUCCAGUGCAUCAUGCACUUACAACAUGGAUGGUGCUGCGUUCUACUACGCUUGGCUCUCUGUGCCUUGUGUCAGCUCAAAGAACGAUGAGGUCAUCCCAACGAACAGCUUGUAUGUGUAG